CGCCCCUUCUCUACACUACGACGUGUGGAAACCACUUAAAGGGAGGACGCGUCACCCCUUGUGGGCCCGUCAGGAAUACAAAACAGGCCCCCUGCGCCAGCGCAGUGAAGGUCUCGGGCUCCCAUUGGCUCUAGCUGGGCGUGUGUCCCCGGAAAAGGUGCCGGACUCUCCGGCCUUGUUGCCUGAGCGCCCGGCAACCUCGCCGGAACGUGUUUGCGCGGCACCUUUGCCGCUGGGCUCUAGGUGGCGCGACGCGCCUCUUUGUGGUGCGGCUUCCGGGCCGUUUUCCUUCGCGUGCGGCGCUGCGUGCGGAGUUACAGCCAUGGCCUCCGGGGUCUGGCGUCGACAGACCCUGGAGCGCUGUCUGGGAGAGGUUGGUAAAGCCACCGGCCGGCCGGAAUGCUUCCUCACGAUUCAAAACGAAUUGGCAUCAAACUUCACUUCUUUAACGAAAGUACUUUAUGACUUUAAUAAACUACUAGAAAAGGACAGGCUCCACGGGAGUCCUUUACGAAAACUGAUGAUAGACAGUUUUGAUGAUGAGCAAAUCUGGCAACAACUGGAACUGCAGAACGAGCCGGUCUUACAGUACUUCGAGAAUGCAGUGAGUGAAACCAUUAAAGAUGGAGACCUCAGUCUUCUCCCAGAAACUGAAGAGCACGAGUGUGAGGAGGACGGCUCAGAGGUGGGGGCUGCUGGCCAGGAGGACCUAGAGCAAGACGUGGAGGAGGGGGAGGAAGCGUCAGACCUGAGUGGUGAGGAUCCCAACCAGGAUGAGACAGCUAGAAACGCGAGCAGGUCUGAUUUGAGGAAAAGCCCAGUCUUCAGUGACGAGGAUUCUGACCUUGACUUUGAUAUCAGCAAAUUGGAACAGCAGAGCAAGCUACAAAACAAAGUGCCCAGGAAACCAAGAGAAAAGUCCCUAGUAGAUGAUAAAUUCUUCAAACUAGCUGAGAUGGAAACCUUUUUAGAAAACAUGGAAAAAGAAGAGGAGCAAAAGGAUGACUCUGAGGAAGACGACAUUGAUCUUUUUGAAGAUGUCGAUUCUGAUGAAGAUGAGGGCGGACUGUCCGGAAGGCAGACACUGAAGUCAGGUAAAAGUUCCAGAAACCUGAAAUACAAAGAUUUCUUUGAUCCAGUUGAAAGUGAUGAAGACAUAGCAAGUGUUCCUGAUGGCGAACUGGGUUCAGAUGAAGAAGAGGAAGAAAUUGCUGAAGAAGAAGAAGAAGAAGAAGAAGAAAGCAUUUCUGAAACGGAUGAAGAUAAUGACCUUGAAACAAGUGAAGACAUGAAACAACAUAAAGAAACCUCGAAAAGAGUGACUUUUGCUUUGCCAGAUGAUGAAGAAACUGAAGCUACAGAUACCUUGAAUGUACAGAAAGAUUCUGAUGAAGUUAAAUCCUCUUUUGAAAAAAGACAGGAAAAGAUGAAUGAAAAAAUCGCGUCUUUGGAAAAAGAGUUGUUGGAAAAGAAACCGUGGCAGCUUCAAGGGGAAGUGACAGCACAGAAGCGGCCAGAAAACAGCCUCCUAGAGGAGACCCUGUAUUUCGACCACGCAGUCCGCCUGGCGCCUGUGAUCACAGAGGAAACCACCCUUCAAUUGGAAGAUAUCAUUAAGCAGAGGAUCAGAGAUCAGGCUUGGGAUGAUGUAGUACGUAAAGAGAAGCCUAAAGAAGACGCAUAUGAGUAUAAAAAGCGUUUAACAUUAGACCAUGAGAAGAGCAAACUGAGCCUUGCUGAAAUUUAUGAACAGGAGUACCUGAAACUCAGCCAGCAAAAAACUGCAGAAGAAGAAAAUCCAGAGCACGUGGAAAUCCAGAAGAUGAUGGACUCCCUCUUCUUAAAACUGGACGCUCUCUCCAACUUCCACUUCAUCCCUAAGCCGCCUGUUCCAGAGAUGAAAGUUGUGUCCAAUCUGCCGGCCAUAACCAUGGAGGAAGUGGCCCCAGUGAGUGUCAGCGACGCAGCCCUCCUGGCCCCAGAGGAGGUCAAGGAAAAAAAUAAGGCUGGAGAUAUGAAAACCACUGCUGAGAAAACAGCUACAGACAAGAAACGAGAAAGGAGGAAAAAGAAAUACCAGAAGCGUCUGAAAAUAAAGGAGAAGGAAAGGCGAAGAAAAGUCCUGGAAAAGAGCAACGCAGACCAAGCCGGGAAGUACAGCAAAGCAGCAGCGGCAGAGACGUUAAAGCAGCUGACCAAAGCAGGCAGAGCCUCGCUGCUCAAGGAUGAAGGUAAAGACAAAGCCUUAAAGUCAUCUCAAGCGUUCUUUUCUAAAUUACAAGAUCAAGUAAAAAUGCAAAUCAGUGACGCAAAGAAGACAGAAAAGAAAAAGAAGAAACGACAGGACAUUUCCGUUCAUAAAUUAAAGCUGUAAUAUAUUUUGAAUAUAACGUAACUCUUAAUGCAUAAGCUUGUAGUCUGUGAUCAUUCUGCUUUAUAAAUAAAAUUUUUGAGAACUUU